CCCGGGUGAUCCUUCCCUGCCUUUCUCCGUACCUUCCCGGUGUCUCCUCGUUGGAUUUAUCGACCGUUAAAGCUGCGCACGCAUCUCGAAUAUCAUCUGUUGCUGCCGCCGCCGUUGCCGGAGGAGAAUCGAUGCCGGCAUCUUCGACGUGCUGAUCAAAAAGGGACGUUUCAUUGGAGGUUUUUUUUCGGCUAAAAUGGACGAAAAGGUGUUGUUACUUUUAUUGCUGCUGCUGUCUUUACACGCGAUGAUGCGCCCGCUGCUGUGAUUCGAUUCAUCAUGAUCCGUCUAUGCCGCCGACCCCCCCUCCCUCGUUGAUCCACGCCGUAAGUUGAAGAGCCGCGUGAGCAUUUCGGCGUGAAGUGAUCCAGCGAGACGCGCACGGUGCGGAGAACCCCUCCUGCCCCCACGACCCCCCCCCAAAAAAAAAAACAAAUAACGUGGAUGUAUCGCCGACUCCACGCCACGCCAGCCCCGCAGCUUUGAUUUCUCCCACUUGGCACGCAAAUGUUGAUGAUGGAGGACGACGAACUGGACGCUCAUCAGGUUGAUUCGGAUUUCGAGCCGCAAAGCCGGCCUCGCUCGUGCACCUGGCCGCUGCCCUGCCCGGAGGAUUUCCACGAGGUCAGCGGGGGGCUCCCGUUGGCCGGCAUCAAGGUGGAGCCGGAGGACGUGCCGGCGUGCCGAGCCGGGCUGCUGGCGGGCGGCGCGCCGGGCGAGCUCAAGCAUCCGGCCGGCGCCCCGGCACCGGCCGGCGCCGCGCACCCGUGCCUGGACGCCAGCGGACCGCUGCGCAAAGCCAAGUCGUCGCGGAGGAACGCGUGGGGGAACCAGUCGUACGCGGACCUCAUCACCCGCGCCAUCGAGAGCACCCCGGAGAAGAGGCUGACGCUGUCGCAGAUCUACGACUGGAUGGUCCGCUUCGUGCCCUAUUUCAAGGAUAAAGGCGACAGCAACAGCUCGGCCGGAUGGAAGAAUUCCAUUCGUCACAACCUGUCCCUGCACACCCGUUUCAUCCGUGUUCAGAACGAGGGCACGGGCAAGAGCUCCUGGUGGAUGUUAAACCCCGACGGCGGGAAGAUGGGCAAGGCUCCAAGGCGGCGAGCCGUCUCCAUGGACAACAACACCAAGUAUCUCAAGAGCAAAGGUCGCAUUCGAGGCAAGCGGGUCGGACGUCCUGGAAUCGGAGCGGGGUCGGCCGUCGCGGGCCUACAGAGCUCCCCGGACCACGGCAGCCCGCCGCAUAAAACUUGUCUACCUGGUUCUGGAGGGACCUCCGUGACGGACAGUGAGUUUGACGCCUGGACGGAUCUCCACUCGAGGGCCAGCUCGUCCGCCUCCACCCUGAGCGGGCGUCUGUCACCCAUCCUAGCGGAAGGGGAACCGGAGGAACCCGACGAGGGAGGCCUUUCCUGCUCCACCUCCCCUCACCUCUACCCGUCACCCACCGCCCGCUCUCCAUCCAUGGGGGCAGCCAACCGCUGUCCUCCCCUUGAGCAAUUGCCUCAGCUGGCCAGCCUGACAGGCGCCAUCAGUCUCGAUGAACAGCUGAUGGAAGAUGGCUAUCAUCACCAUCACUCACAGCAGCAACACCAACAGCAUCCGUCUGUCGGCAGACAGAAGCACCAGACCUCGGUCUACCACUACAGUUUUGGAGUGAAGAGCCAGUCCUCCUAUGGUCCAGGGGGGUACGGUACGGCGGGCAUGGGCAUGAUGCGCCACCACUCGCCCAUGCAAACCAUUCAAGAAAAUAAGCCGGCCAGGUUCUCCGGAACGAUGCGAGCGUACUCCAGCACCAACGCCCUGCAGAGUCUUCUGACCGGAGGGUCGACCGGGCAGCCAUACUGUCCCAAGGAAAUGAUGCUGGGCCUGAAGAGAGAAGGCCAUCCGCUGAUGUCGUGCAACGGCUCCAACCCUCACAGCCACCACGCCGGGCACCACAACGGCCACGGCCAGAGUCACAACGGACCUCACAGUCACAGCCACAACAGAACUCACAGCCAUACACCCGUUCACAAUCACAACUCAUCUCACAGCCUCAGUCACAACAGCAUCGGCCAUAACCACACCCCGCCCCGAGCGCCGCCACUAAACCCGUGCGGCAACGGCAACCGGCUGCAGAGCUACAAUCACAAAACUCCCUACCUGUACAGCCCCCCGUCGCACGCCCACCUCCCGGCGUCGACCACGCUGCCCCCCAACCCGGCAGGGAUGCUCGGCAUGCCACAGGACUCCUGCCAUUUGGCCACCGCGCCGCAUCCGCACCCCCGUCACAACCAUUAUACCGAUCCACAGCACCAAGCCAUGGCGAACGGACCCUUCCACCACGGUCAGGGUAUGGUCGGCAGCAACGGCGCCGGGGGGUACCACCACGGCUACCACCAAGCCCACCCGCACGAGAGACUACCCGCUGACCUGGACAUCGACAUGUUCCAGGGUAGCUUGGACUGUGACGUGGAGUCCAUCCUCCUCCAUGACAUCAUGGACUCUGGAGAGGAGAUGGACUUCAACUUUGACUGCUCCCUCGCCCAGGGGGUGGGCAUCGGAAUGGGAAUGGGCAUGGGUGUGACCAUGGGCAUGGGGAUGGGAAUGAGCGGACUGGCCGGUCCGCAGCAAAGCCACAGCAACCAGAGCUGGGUCCCCGGCUGAACUCUUGAGACCGCCCGUCUGGCGCCCACGAAAGAACAAUCGUACCCAUGAAGCACUGUGCUCAACUGUGACAUUCCUGACUUGACACAGAGACUAUAGGACCAUGUCUUUCUUUGUUGUCUGUCGCCCCUUCCUCUUUUUUGUUUUUGGUCCCACCCCCCGCCCCCGACCCGCACCCCACCUCUCCCUGUGAGUCCCAGCUCAUGUCUCAUUUGGUAUUUCCUCAUAUCAGCUAUACUGUGAUGACAAUCUCUCAGCAUCAUUGCUUCUCAUCCACCACGAGAGCUGAACUCUCCGUGCACUUUAUCGCAAGUGCGUUGGCAGAGCGGCUCUUGCAGAACCCGGCGCGUUCUCCGAGUUGAUAAAGUGUCAGAAGUCAAACUCAAAUAGGACCCUUAAUCAGUCAUCGUCACAAGUGGGGACCAAACAUUGCGAAAGAUAAUAAAUAAACGAAAACACCUUGCCGCAGUACAAUUGCGGCACAGCAACCUUAGCAAAAACUCAAUAAAUGCAAAUCAAUUUUUGAUCCGGAACCGGUUUCCUCAUAAUGAAAUUCAUGCUCAUGAGAUCCAAUCAAUUCUCGCCAAUGUCUUAGCGGUGGCGUUCCUGUAAUUUACGGCCUCAUACAUCCGGACCUUGGCACUUUUGACUCUUCUGUUGGAUGCGAUGUUUCGUUAAUGUCCCCUUGCCAUUCGGCCAAGGCGUGUUGUCACUACAUCACCAAAUGGAUUCUAUCAUUAUUCGCUUGCAUGCAAUUUGGUGAAUUAAAAACUUGUCUCACCUUGUCUCACCUGGGCCUCUGGAGCCGCUCGCUCUCUCGCGCUUUCUCGCUCUUGCACCGCUGUCUGGAAGUGUCUCUCUCUCUCUCUCUCUCUCUCUCUCCUUCUCCCUCUCUCCCUCUCUCUGUCUCUCUCCUCUCGCCUGCCAGCGGAGACAAAGUGGCCAUUACUCACAGCGAGCCAUUAAUGGGGCUUGAUUGAAAUUCAGCAUCUUGCUUUUAAUCUCCAAAGUGAUGCGGCAGCGAUGCGUCAUUAUUGAGAAUCUAACACAUUGUCCUCCCAUAUCUCACCCGAGCAGGGGAAUAGGGGUGGUGAGAGGGGGGUUGUUGAGAGAGCCAGGACGAACUGGUGCGAUGCCAAUGUCAGCGUCCACUUUUCGACCAGAUAGAAAUGAAGUUCGACCCUUAAAGGGGAACUUGAGGCAAAAACAUUCUUUGCAAAAGUACAUCUAAUGUGGCCCCACUAGUCUAAAACAUUCUAAUGUUCGGAAUCUUGCGAAAAAGAAUUAAGUUAUUUCAGUGUUUCAUCCGUUUUCACUGCUCUCAAGGUGCUGCCAUUUUGUCCUCUGCCGUCAGACAACCGCCAACUGAAACUGACGUCAAAGUGCCCUCGGGCUCGCAUUGCGAAGGUCACAUGACCAAACCCAGACAGCAGGUGAGUCGUGACGUUCGCAAUGCGAGCCUGAGGGCAUUUUUGACGUCAUUUUCAGUGCACAACAGCGGUUGGCACGUGACAAAACGGCAGCGCCCCGAUAUGGAUACAACUGGACGGAAUCAUCUCCUUCAUUUUUAUUCCGCGAAUGCAAAUAGGAAUCAGAAUGCAGUGUUUAGUCUACAGUGAGGUCACAGAGAAUUUAUUUUUGCAAAGAAAAUGUUUGCCUUCAGUUCCCCCUUAACAGAAAACACUUUUUCGACAUCGUUUUGCAGUCAUGACGUUUCCCCGCCCCCUUUCACCCGCACCUUCCCAUCAAAUCACAGUUUGAUCAGUUACGCCUUCGGACACGAGGUGAGAAGCCCAUUCCCAUCCCGCAUCGGUCGGUACCUUACACGCAGAAGAGGAAGUCGGGAGGGGUUUGGGGAGCCGCUGUGAAAGGGGCUCGGGUUGAUGAGAAGCCCGCAAAACCAUUCACGCACAUCCCACCCCACCCUCCCCCCCCUUUUUUUUUCCCCUGUGUGUUUAUUGUGUAGAUGUCGUCGUGUCGUUGCAAAUUCUAAGGACCAACAGCGCUGACGUAUGAGCAGUGAGGAAACUCUUGUCGGUGAAAUGAUGUCGGUAGUUGUUGCAAGUUUGACCUUCUUCCCAGACUCCGGUCGGUCGCCCGCCCACAUCUGUGCUUUGCUCGAUUGUCUCUGUGUUUGUGAGUGUGGGGGUGGUGGGUGGAAUACGUGGGGAUGUAGUGAAGAAUAGAGUGGUGGGAAAGGUGGUGGUGGUGGUGGGGGGGGGGGGGUUUCUUUCUCAUUGGCCUUGAAGGAGUCAUAGCGACGACCCCCCCCCCCCCACUCUUCUUCUUCUCUCGCUCCUCCAAGGAGACCCUCGGUGCAUUUGGGCUCGCAGACAAAAGCAAAAGGUGGGCUGUGGGGGAGGGGCGGGGUUAUUGUUUGAGCCAAAGGUCAAAACAUGGCAGAGACUAUCAGACCAUUAAGUGAGGGAAACACACCUCCAAUUGCAGGGCUUUUCGGUCGCACUGGUUCCAGUCGAACGUACUGGUUGGGGAAAGGUGUGGAGCCUUCCCAGCAAAACGGGCGAGUUGCGUUCGUCGAAGCCACACGCAAGCGACACACGCUUCUUCUAUCCGAAAAGAGAGCUAUACGUGAUGUCUAAUUUUCCUAUAUUUAUUUAUGAAAGAGAUUGGUCUUUGUCGAAUCCUAAAUGUGGUAGUUGUUUCAGUCAACGCCUGUACACCCCUUCUCCCCCCUUUCCUCCUGUUUUUUAAGAUGUCAACCCCCCCCUCUCCC